AGGCUCGCGGGCUGCGGGCCCGGGUGAGUGCACAGCCAGCGCGCGGCAGGGCUCCCGGAUGUGUCACCUUGUCCCGUCGCAGUCGAGAUGCCCCGGGAGCUGGGCCCUCCACACCCCCUCCGUGGGUGUGUGGAUUGUGUGCCAUGGACAAUUUUACUGAUGGAGACUUCACUGUGGCGGAUUAUGCAUUGUUGGAAGAUAGCCCUUACGAAGAUGAUUGUGUCUUUGCUCCUGAAUAUACUACAGAUGACUAUGUUCGUGUGACUCAGCUUUAUUGUGAUGGAGUGGGUAUGAAGUAUAAAGAUUAUGCCCAAAGCGAGAAACAUUUAGAAUUUGACAUCUGCAAUAUAUGGUGUAGUAAACCACUUUCUGUCCUGCAAGAUUACUGUGAUGCCAUUAAAAUGAAUAUCUUCUGGCCACUUCUUUUUCAACAUCAGCACAGUUCUGUAAUAUCACGAUUACAUCCCUGUGUGGAGACCACUUCUCGUGCCUCUGAGAUAAGUUUGAAGAAAUUACAAUAUCUUGAGUUGAUGGAAGAUAUUGUGGAUUUGGCAAAGAAAGUUGCGAAUGAUUCAUUCCUUAUCGAAGGCUUAUUGAGAAUUGGUUAUAAAAUAGAAAAUAAAAUUUUGGCAAUGGAAGAAGCUUUAAAUUGGGUAAAAUACACAGGCGAUACAACAAUUCUACCUAAAUUAGGAUUAAUCGACAAUUGUUGGUCUAUGUUAAGUAUUUUCUUCACUGAAUACAAGUAUCACAUAACUAAAGUUGUAACGGAAAACUGCAAUUUACUUGAAGAAUUUAAAACCCAAAAUUGUGCGGAGUGUAUGGAGCAAGGAGAACUAAUGAAAAUGAAAGGAAAUGAAGAGUUUUCCAAAGAAAGAUUUGAUAUAGCUAUUAUCUAUUACACCAGAGCCAUUGAAUAUAGACCUGAAAACCACCUUCUUUAUGGUAACCGAGCUCUUUGCUUUCUUCGUACUGGACAGUUUAGAAAUGCACUUGGUGAUGGAAAGAGAGCCAUUAUUCUGAAGAGCACUUGGCCAAAGGUGGUAGAUGAGGCUUUGAAGGUAGAUGAUUGUGACUGUCAUCCUGAAUUUUUACCACCACCAAGUCAGCCUCCAAAACAUAAAGGAAAACAAAAAUCCCGAAACAAUGAAUCAGAGAAAUUCAGUUCUAGUUCACAGUUGACUUUACCAGUUGAUUUGAAAAACAUCUUGGAGAAACAGUUUUCUAAAUCUUCCAGAGCUGCACACCAGGAUUUUGCUAAUAUAAUGAAAAUGCUAAGAAGCUUAAUUCAAGAUGGUUACACAGCCUUAUUGGAGCAGCGUUGUCGAAGUGCUGCGCAGGCCUUUACAGAGUUGCUAAAUGGUUUAGAUCCUCAAAAAAUAAAGCAAUUGAACCUGGCCAUGAUUAACUAUGUAUUAGUAGUAUAUGGACUUGCCAUUUCUCUGCUUGGAAUAGGACAGCCUGAGGAAUUAUCUGAAGCUGAAAACCAGUUUAAAAGGAUUAUUGAACAUUACCCCAAUGAGGGACUUGAUUGCUUGGCCUAUUGUGGAAUUGGAAAAGUAUAUUUAAAAAAAAACAGAUUCCUAGAAGCUCUCAAUCACUUUGAGAAAGCAAAAACCUUGAUUUGUCGUCUUCCAGGAGUGUUAACUUGGCCCACCAGUAAUGUGAUUAUUGAAGAGUCUCAGCCAGAGAAAAUAAAGGUAACAGUUUAUUCCAAAAUCCAGAUAUACAUAACUGAUCCAGACUUUAAGGGUUUUAUACGAAUCAGCUGUUGCCAGUAUUGUAAAAUAGAAUUUCACAUGAACUGCUGGAAGAAGUUAAAAACAACCACCUUUAAUGAUAAAAUUGACAAGGAUUUUCUACAAGGAAUUUGUCUUACCCCUGACUGUGAAGGUAUCAUUUCUAAGAUUAUCAUCUUUAGCAGUGGUGGUCAAGUUAAAUGUGAAUUUGAACACAAGGUCAUAAAAGAAAAGGUUCCUCCAAGACCUAUUCUGAAACAGAAAUGUUCUAGCCUAGAGAAGCUAAGACUGAAAGAAGAUAAAAAAUUGAAAAGAAAGAUCCAAAAACAAGAAGCAAAAAAAUUAGCACAAGAAAGAAUGGAAGAGGACUUAAGAGAAAGUAAUCCACCCAAAAAUGAAGAACAGAAAGAAACUGUAGACAGUAGUCAGAAUUGUCAGUUCAUUGAUGACAGAAUUCUGCAGUGCAUAAAGCAGUAUGCUGACAAGAUUAAAUCGGGUAUACUGAACCCUUCCAAGCUUCUCAAAGAAUUGCUCUCUUGGAAAGUUCUGAGCACAGAAGACUAUACAACGUGUUUUUCUAGCAGAAAUUUCCUCAAUGAAGCAGUGGACUAUGUCAUUCGUCACUUGAUUCAAGAAAAGAAUAGAGUAAAGACAAGGGUAUUUCUUCAUGUUUUGAGUGAGCUUAAAGAAGUGGAACCCAAAUUAGCUACCUGGAUCCAGAAACUCAAUAGCUUUGGCUUAGAUGCCACGGGACCUUUUUUUUCUCGAUAUGGAGCAUCUCUUAAGGAGCUUGAUUUUAGCAUCAUGACGUUCCUCUGGAGUGAGAAAUAUGGCCAUAAACUAGCCUCUAUAGAAGGAAAGCAACUUGAUUACUUCUGUGAACCAGCGUCAUUAAAAGAAGCACGUUGUUUAAUAUGGCUGUUGGAAGAACACAGAGACAAGUUCCCAGCAUUGCAUAGUGCUUUAGAUGAAUUCUUUGAUAUAAUGGACAGCCGCUGUACUGUAUUAAGGAAACAAGAUAGUGGUGAAGCUCCGUUUAGUUCUACCAAGGUUAAAAACAAAGGCAAGAAAAAGAAGCCAAAAGACACAAAGCCAAUGUUAGUUGGGUCUGGAACAACUACAGUAACACCAAAUAAUGAGACUAUCAGUUCAGGUGAAGAUUAUAAAAGACGCAAUUCAGAUUCUGCAGGCCCAUUUGCUGUGCCUAACCAUCUUCGGCAAGAUGUAGAAGAAUUUGAAGCUCUCUAUGACCAGCACAGUAAUGAAUAUGUUGUUCGCAAUAAGAAAAUAUGGGAUAUUAACCCAAAACAAAAAUGCUCAACUCUGUAUGAUUAUUUCUCUCAGUUGUUGGAGGAACAUGGUCCCUUGGAUAUGAGUAACAAGAUGUUCUCUGAAGAAUAUGAGUUUUUCCCAGAAGAAACUCGACAGAUACUAGAAAAAGCAGGAGGUUUAAAAUCUUUUCUCCUGGGAUGUCCUCGUUUUGUUGUGAUUGACAACUGUAUUGCAUUAAAAAAAGUUGCAUUACGACUUAAGAAAAAAAGAAAGAAGAAAAACAUUAAAACAAAAGUGGAAGAAAUUUCAAAAACAGGAGAGUAUUUACGAGUCAAACUACCACUGAAUCCAACUGCUAGGGAAUUUAAACCAGAUGUAAAGUCCAAACCAGUGUCUGAUUUGUCUUCAGCACCAGUUUCUGAGGAUGUGAAGCCCAAACCUGUGUCUGCUGAUUCUCCCAAACCAACUUGUGAAGACAUUACACCCAAAUCAGUACCUGAUAAUUAUUCCAGUCCAGUUUCUGAGAAUGAGAAACCCCAAGGGGUCUCUUCUGAUUCUCCCAUAUCAGUCUCUGAGGAUAUAAAUCACAAACAAGUCUCCUCUCAUUCUCUCAAACCAGUUCCUGAGGAUGGGAAACCAACCUAUUGGACUCAAUCUCACUUGGUCACAGGAUACUGUACAUAUCUUCCUUUUCAGGGAUUUGACAUCACCCAGACACCACCAACAUACAUAAACGUGUUACCAAGUUUGCCCCAGUACACCAGCAUCUACACACCUUUGGCCAACAUUUCUUCUGAAUAUCAGCUGCAGAGAUCAAUACCAGUGGUGCCAUCUCUUGUAGCCAGUGACAAAGCUGAUAAAAACACUGCUGCCUAUUUUGAGGAUCACAAUUUAAAUGCUAAGAGUGCUGCUGGUAACCAGAUUGUCUCUGAAACACAGAUCCUUGAGGACUCUUUGGGAAUACAUGUAAAGUCACAGAGCAGCCUAGGUGAUGCUGGUACAGCCCCAAGUGAGUCUUACAGAAAUGAUGGGCACUGUGGGAACCCUAAAAACAAAUGUGAAGUCAGUCCAGAAAGGUCCAGUGCCCUAACAAAUAUUCCACAUACACAGAUGGUUGCUGUACAGGUGUCUUGGAACAUAACAAACCAAGAAGUCAACACUGAGCCAUAUGAUCCUUUUGAGAUACAACAGGGGGAUAUUUCACAGAUUGAAAAGGAAUACCAAGUAUUACAAGAGCAGCUUAAGGAAGCAUGUGAAAAUUAUGAGCAGAUAAAACUCAACAGCUCAGAAGAGACCAGAGACCUGGAAGAAAAGUUGAAAAGGAACUUAGAAGAAAACAAGAUCUCAAAGACAGAAUUAGAUUGGUUCCUCCAAGAUUUGGAAAGAGAAAUUAAAAAAUGGCAACAAGAGAAAAAAGAAAUCCAAGAAAGAUUAAAAGCACUGAAGAAGAAAAUUAAAAAAGUUUUAAAUACAAGUGAAAUGUCUACCCCGAAAAAUGAUGGGAUGGAUAACAAACCUGAAUUACAUCUGGAUCAAUCCCUUGAAAUCAGUAAUACAUUUACAAAUGAGAAGAUGAAAAUAGAAGAAUGUAUAAAGAAAGGAAAAGAGCAUUAUGAAGAGAGUCAUCAGAGAGCCGUGGCUGCAGAGGUAUCUGUGCUGGAAAACUGGAAGGAGAGUGAAGUGUUUAAGUUACAGGUCAUGGCAUCACAAGCAGAAGCCUAUCUUAAGAACCUCAAGCUGACAAGCAGUGAUUCCACAGAACACCCCAACAUAGAGUCUGAUAUCUGUUCAUGGGAAUCAUUUCUUUCUAAUGUUACAAAAGAAAUUGAGAGAGCAAAAUCUGAAUUUGAAAAUCAAAUUAAGGCCAUUAAAAAUGGUUCUCGACUCAGUGAGCUUUCUAAAGUGCAGAUUUCUGAGCUUCCAUUUCCUGCCUGUAACAACAUUCAUCCUGAGUUUCCCCCUGAGUCUUCAGGACAUGAUGAUCAAGGGCCUGGGACAUUUGUAAACAGUGCAACUGGAGCAAUUAAGGAUUUAGAUCUGUUCUCCACCGGUGAUUGCCCAGAUGAGUCCACUGCACUGUCACCUCGAUUGCCCUCUGGUCAAACUGAAGUUACUCAGCCAUCAGAGCAUACAGGGGCCAGCCAGACAACUCCAUCUGAACAAAGCCCUGAGGCACAUCAGAAAGUACCUGUUCCUCCAGAACGUGCUUCAAGCCAGUCUCCAAAAAAGCCGUUCAACAGUAUUAUUGAGCACCUGUCAGUGGUGUUCCCAUGGUACAGCAGCACCGAGCUUGCUGGUUUUAUUAAAAAGGUUCGAAACAAAAACAAGAACUUACUCUCAGGAUUGGGUAUUGAUGAAAUUGUCCAAAGAGUGACAGAACACAUUGUAGAUGAAGAGAAAAAGAAAAAGCCAAAUCCAGGAAAGGGCAAGAGAACAUCUGAGGCCAGCUCUGCUGCUUCUGUGAACCAGUCUUCCCAGGGCCCACCCUCAAUUGCUGGACCAUCACCCAAAACUAAGGGACAGAAAACAGAAGGUGUCCCCAUGAGUGUUGUACUAGAUGCAGAUUCCUGUGAAAUAUGCCAUGAGGUGUUCAAAUCAAAAAAUGUGCGUGUGCUAAAAUGUGGACAUAAGUUUCACAAAGGGUGCUUUAAGCAGUGGCUAAAAGGGCAGAGUAAUUGCCCUGCCUGUCGUGAUGGUGAUCUGUCAGAAGAGUAGUCUGUGUCUACCCUCCAGGACUGGCCAGCCAGGAUUGCCUUCCUGCUGCUCUAGGUAGUCACUAAGCGUCACUCACCCACAUACCAAGUUGAAAUAAUGAUAAUUCCUACUUUCAGUAUAAAAAACAGACAUUUCUGGCAUUCUGUAUCACAAAGCCAAUCAGUAGAAAUCUUUAAUUCAGUUGCUAUUAGGUAAUUUCUCCACUCUGAUUCAAUAUUUCAGUGAUAGUCAAAUAAUGGCUUAUCAAAUGAUGUGUCAUCGCAUUCUUACAUUGUUAGGGCUGUUGUGGAGAUCUGUGAGAUGGGAGCUUCUUUGGGGAAGUAUUGUGAGCACCCCAAAGCAGUUUAAAUUAUAAGAAUUCUUAACCUGGUGAAGUGCCCAGGUUUCCCUUUUGUGUUUGAAAAAUCUGUUCCAGUGGCUCUAUAACAGAGAUGAUAUUGACCUUUAAAAUUUUUUAUAAGAUUCGAUAGUCUGAAAAUAUGCUUACAUUUUCCCUCAGAGAUACUACAUUUUUAAAAUGGGCUUAAACAAGUCACAUUUUAAUAAUUUGUACUUGAUAUUAAAAUAUUGGCUGAUAUGGACCAAAAAGAUUCACAUUUCCUCUUCAUGAAAUGUCAUGUGCUUUUGAUUUUCAUUUUAUUUGUUUUUCCAUAUAUUUUUUUCCCUUCAUAUGGUAGUAGAUUGAAUCCUGGGCCUCACAAAUGCCAGUCAAGGAAGCUUUCCACCAGUGGGCUACAUCCCCAACCACUCCAUAGGUUUUUAUUUUAUUUUUGUUUUUUAAUUUUUUUUAUGAUGUAAUCUGAUAUUUGAAAAUCAAUUGCAAAAUUACUUUAUUAGUUAUCAGCCAAGACUUUCUUACCCCCCAAAUCAAGGCCGUGUAUUCAACGUACCAACCACACAUUUGAAUUUGUUCUUAGAAUAUGCUGCUGUUCUCAUUAGCAGUAUUUGGCUCUCUUUGUGAGUCAGUCAGCAAGUGCUUGGAUAUCUACAUCUAGCUCAGUGCUGAGCCCGCACAGACGCUGUAUAGACUAGUAACCAUCGUUCUCCUUCUUACCCACCCCCAAAAAGAGAAACUUGUGUAAUUAGACAAUUCUGCGGUGUCUGUGUUACAAUUGUUCUGUGUUUUGACAUUUGUGUAAAAUAAUGCAUGCAAUUUGUACUGUGCCUAAGAACAAAACUGUGACUGCAUUAGGAACUAUUUAGAUUCUUUUAGUGACCUAUGGACAGUGGUAAAUAUGGAAAAGUGAAUCCUGGACACAUUCCACCUCUCAAACAUGAAGGAUCAAAAAGUGAUUUUCAGUGUGUUCUUCAUUCCACUGCAAACUCAGUCAAUCACGAGUGUAUGGGCAGAUUUGGUCACCUUCCUCUGCCUGUGCUCCAUGUGAGUUGUGAUGUCUUGGUGACGUAGUCCAUAGAAGCCCCCUCCUUACUCUGAAGCAUUCUCCAUCUUGGUCCCUAAAACAUUGUCUGCAUUUUCAUGGCAGUUAAGAGCUGUGCAUAUUAAAAUACACAAGGGACAGUUUGUAGCAACUGGUAUGAAGGAGAAAAGCAACUAACAAGUGAGAGAAUGUAUUCUGUCCUUAACUUCAGAGCCUUGUGAACAUGCCUUACAUUUGUCCAGUAAUUGUCAAUAAACAGCAUUCUAAAAGAC